CCUGGCUGCUCGACCGGCCGGCACUUCGCUCAGUUCUCCACUGUGCUCCGUGUGAAGCGGAGCUUUCGAGAUAUCUCCUCGCUCUCCCUCUCGCUCGCCGCGAUCUGCGCGGGAUCGACCCUUCGAUCGGGAUCCCGUGCGAGUGCCAGUCACGUCUCCGCCAGGAAAUCGUGAAAGGACAAGGCAGCGGUAUCCUGAUCUAGCCAGUUUUGAGAAGAGGAAAAGGGAUAGACGAAAGGGUUGAAGGAAAGGACGACAAUGUGCGAGAGGAAGCUGCUGCGAGUGCUCUAGGACGAGAGGACCUGAACUAACCGAGUGAUACCGGACACCUUCGAAAAGGACCCCUCCGGGAAAGAGUGCGAUUCAGCAUAAUCACGAUGAUGCCGAAGAGAUUGACCGAGCUAUCCAGGUGGCUGUUGCUGGCGGGGCUUUUGUGCUGCGCAUCCUGCCAGAGCGUACCGUCCUCCUUCGAGAAUAAAACUGGCGGCCAGAAUGACAGCCGGCCGCGGAUAUUCUCCCCUAGGAUGGACUAUGACGAAUGGACACCGUUGGGACGCGGCGACCCUCUGAAGAAUAAUCCGACUUUCGACUACGUACCACCGGUUCUCGACAGGGUACAAUACUGGUUGGACUCGCAGCAGCACACAACGGAGCCGUCGUCGAAGCGCGAUAUCCUUGUGCUGGGUGUGACCGCGAAGAAGACCAGCCCGAAGAUACCUGAGCAGUUUCUCAAAUUUGUGGACGGUCCUAAAUUCACGCGGACUGGUAAUCAGGAUUCGAUCUUGUAUAGGAACGACUUCACCGGCAGCAACGGCGCUGAACCGCCCAAGAUCGUGCGCACCACUAGUUUCCGAAACGGCUUGAUCGACUACAGAAAUCAAAAUAGACUACAGUCGUUGCCGGCCAAUUACUAUCCGAAUUCGUAUUACAGUCAAAAGAUAAAGCCGUACACUAUGAUGAUGCCGCCACCAAUGAUUCAGAAAGCCGAGACGUCUACCAAUUUUAACGUCGGCGUGUCCAAGGACAAGAUAAUUGGUUACCCGGAUACAUCAUCAUCGUUUAGCACGCAGACGGAGGAAGGCCCCGUCCUCCAAGAUACUCAGUAUUACGGAACGCCCUCCAAAGAUUAUGGACGCUACUCCCCCGCGUCUUCGUUAAGACCGUACUCCACUUCGAAGGCGCCAUUGAGUAAGAUCGAGACCAUCAAGAGCAUCUACGUACCGUCCGCGUCGCAGAGCACAAAGUCGAGAUACGAAGCGACCACCGCGCCGUCCGUCUCCUUCGAGAAGUCAAAUCUAAUAUAUCAAUCGACGCAAACUCUGUCUGGUGGAUGGCUCGGCAACAAUGGACCUUCUUCAUCCUCCACGGUAUAUCCUCUCGAUGUCAAUCAAGUCACGUGGCAGACCUCGGAUUACUCCAGAGAUCACUAUGAGAUCGAUCAUAACGCCGCGGCCUCAUCCAAUCACGAGGUCGUCGUUGGCCAGAACGCGAACAUUAUUGUGGACGCCAAUAAAAACGAAAAUGAGGAAAUUGUCGUAGGUCAGAAGGAGAUCAGCACCGAAGCGACGUUUUCGACGACGGAGAGCGUCGCACAAACUUCCACCGCCUCCACCACGACUACGGAUUCAACCGAGCAGGAAGAAGAAACCGUGACCGAUGCGCAAUCCUCGCAAAAGAUGCACAUUGUUGUCGCCAAUUCGCCUUCCAGCAUCAUGGAUCUGCAGACACACAAAGCAAAGAAGGGCCCGGUCGCCGUAGUAAUGCCGACGAAUUAUAUUGAGAAGAAUUUCUCUGCAAGUUCUUCAGAUCCACUUACGACGACGCACAACAAUGCUUGGGAGAAUCCCACCACGUCCGAAAUGACAAAGACGACUCACCAAGCGUCGAAGUCUCAGUCGCAGCCGGUAAGAAACGCGAUAACGAGCUCGCCAAUUUUGUCGGAGGACCAUCCGUCCGCUUCCUCCGCGCCGAACAGGAUGAUAGCGCCCUCACAGUUUGCCCAUCAGCCUUCACAUCCACCAUCCGCUCCGAUAAUGCCCCCCAGACACAUAGAUAGCUCUUCGCACAUGUUUGUUCCUCCACAGGCGGCCUCUCAAUCCAUGAUGCGUCCUCAGGCCAGACCGAACACCAUGAUACACUUUAUUGGCAGCAUGCGUCCCGGUUUUCGGCCAUCCUCGCCGGUAUCGAUGUCUCAUGUGUCGCCGCCCAUGGCGCACAUGCACGCGCCCUCCAUAAACAAUAUGAUGAUACCAUUGCCAAACGUGGAACAAGCUCAUCAACGACUAUCUCAACCGUUCCCCGUGACAUUCACCAGUCCACCAUCGCCGUCGACUUUCAGCACGCAGAUUCCCGGAUCAGACGAACAAUCGAUCGAUCAUCGGCCGUCUCGAUUACCCGCGACAACCGUGACCACCUCGCCGUUGUUCACAUCGACGAUCUCUACUAUGGAGUACACGCCUACCAUGGACUAUCACGAGAGCACAAAGCCCGAUCAGUCGCCUCUGGUGAAGAUUCUCAAUGCGGAAACUCCAAAAAUGAAGCCAAUGCUUGCGCCGUCGUCGACGGUUCCACCACGAACCACGACCGUCCCGAGUCUAACCACCGAUCCGAUUUUUUCCCAUUACAAGCAACCAGCCAAGCCACUCCGCGGCCCGAUGUACCUCAUCAUUCAGGGUCACUCGAAGGUAAAGACUUAUAAACCCACGGUGAACAAAUAUGGGAUGCCUGUGGAGAACAACGAGAUCGUGGAGAGCGCGACCGAACGGCAACUGUCCAAGUUGGAACAGCUGAUUCAGAAAAAUACAAAGAAUGGCGCCGUUGAUCUGGCCGCCGAGAAAAGAAAGGUGGAAGAGAAGGCGCGCGCCGAAAAGCACGUAUCUUCGAGCCAAGAGAGUCUCAUGAGCCUGAUCGAGAGUGGCUUGAGCGGCUUCACAGUGUCACCAUCAACGGAAGCGGAGGACGAGCAUCGCGUGUCCAACUCGGUUACGAGCAUCGAGAUCAAUUAAAGAUCCGUUGUUUGCGACAGUUCUCCAGGAGGAACAAACUCGACAGGCGGAUGCUGGAAGCUGGGGACAUCCGCACAUGGGAGUCCUCGUUGCGCGUUGGCAAAAAGGCAACCGCCAUUCUCAGUAGGAAUGAAAUUUUCUUAGGAACGAGGUCGAUUUAUUCGUUGCUUACACGCGGUUCAUACCGUAAGUCGUUGGGUGAAAAUCGAUGGCCGAAUGUCGUCGGACGCGCAUGAGAUGGGAACUCGAGAGGUUUCAUAUGGCAGACCCUCGCAGCAUAGGAGCUACCUGGGAGAUAUGUAUAACUACAACACGCUGACAAAUGAGAUGUCGAAAAUUUACGUUAUUCAUUUUAUUUGUCGUUCCGUGAUAUUGAGUGCCUCUAUAUAUUCUUUAAUACCAGACAGUCUGAACGAAUUUAUGUAUUUAUAGAUGUGCAGAUAACGAUUGAGUUAUGGUACCCGGAGACGAAGUCUACGGUAAGCGGAUAUACGAAUGUAUGUUUAUCAUAUUGAUUAUUUAUUCAAAUCAUCGAAAUAAUUCGAUGUUUGGUCACGCCCAUCACAUGUAAUUAUUAUUGUUAUAUAUAUAUAUAAUUGUUAUAUUUUAAUGCAUACGUCAUGAUCAUGCAUAAUUUAAUUCU